AUGGAGCCCGCCGUCCAAGCCCCUCCAACCCUGACCAAUCCUCGAUUCACCCUGGAACUGGAGUUUGUCUCAUCGCUCGCCAAUCCCUAUUACCUAUCGCACCUGGCAGUCACCUACCCGGGUCUUCUGGGAAUUUCUCGCGCCGACGAGGACGACGACGACUCCGCCUCCGCCCCCGAUGCGCAGGCCUUCGCCGCAUACCUCGCCUACCUUUACUCCUACUGGAAGACCCCCGAAUACUCCCAAUUUCUCACCCACCCUGGACCGACCUUACGCGCCCUGCGCUUGUUGCAAGAAGACGCCUUUCGUCGGGACAUCAUCUUGCCUCAGGUGAUCGAGGGCUUGGCCGGGGUCAAUGUAUUUGGCGAUGCCGCAGCUGUCGAAGCCGAUGACGAAGGGAUUAUGGAAAAGCCGGAGGAACAGAAUGGCUCCAAGACCUGA